AUGCGAUGCACAUCGCUCUUGUUUCACAGGGCUUUCGCAUCCGGUGGACUUCCACCCCAUACCGUGAUGGAAAUGCCCGCCUUGUCACCAACCAUGUCACAGGGAAAUAUAGCUGAGUGGAAGAAGAAGGAAGGGGAGGAGUUCGCUGCUGGCGAUGUGCUGUGCGAAGUGGAGACAGACAAGGCGACAAUGGACUGGGAGGCGCAGGAUGAGGGAGUCUUGGCUAAGAUUCUGGCCCCGGACGGGACAAAGGACAUUGCUGUGGGAACACCUGUAGCUGUCAUCGUUGACGAUGCCGGCGAUGUGGCGGCCUUCAAGGACUUCACGCCAGGCUCGGGUGCAUUAGCAGCACCCGCGGCGGCGGCGCAGGAGGAGCCUGAAGAGGAAGAGGAGGAUGACGCACCUGCUGAGUCAUCUGGCGGCUCCGGCAACUACCCUCCCCACACUGUCAUGGGAUUGCCGGCACUGUCCCCUACCAUGUCGCAAGGGAACAUCGCGGAGUGGAAAAAGAAGGCGGGCGAUGAGGUGGCAGCUGGCGACAGCAUAGCAGAGGUGGAGACCGACAAGGCAACGAUGGACUGGGAGAGUCAGGAUGACGGCUACAUUGCAAAACUGCUCGUGCCGGAUGGCGCCAAGGACAUCCCUGUCGGCUCCCCAGUGGCUGUCUUUGUGGAGGACCAGGACGCCAUUGCUGCCUUCAAAGAUUUCACUGCAGAGGAUGCAGCUGGUGCUGGCGCGCCCAAGAAGGCGCCCAAGAAGGAGAAGCCUGCCAAGAAGGCAGCACCUGCGCCAUCACCUGCACCCUCAGAGCCCAAGAAGGCCGCUGCACCACCCACUCCGAAGCCAGGGACUGCAUGGGCAGGCGGGCGGGUUGUGGCGAGCCCAUAUGCGCGCAAGCUGGCGCGCGACGCGGGCGUGGACAUUGCGCAGGCGUCCGGCAGCGGCCCCAACGGCGGCAUUGUGGCAAGGGAUGUGCAGCAGCUCAUCUCCAGCGGUGGUGGCAAGCCCUCGGCCGCAGCCGCCCCUGCCCCCGGAGGGGAGGCCGAGGGUGACUACACGGAUGUCCCCAACAGCCAGAUCAGGCGCAUCACAGCGCAGCGGCUGCUGGAGUCCAAGACGACCAUCCCGCACUACUACCUCACCGUCGACCUCAACGCCGACCGCCUCAUAAAACUGCGCGCUCAGCUCAAUGAAGCCCUUGCACCCUCCGGCGGAAAAAUCUCCGUCAACGAUUUCAUCAUCAAGGCUUCCGCUCUGGCGCUGCGCAAGGUCCCGGAUGUGAACGCCUCUUGGAACACAGACUUCAUCCGCGUGUACCACAAUGUGGAUGUGAGCGUGGCGGUGCAGACGCCUAAUGGCCUCAUGGUGCCUGUCGUGCGCGACGCAGACAUCCUCGGACUGGCAGAGAUCUCUGCCACUGUGAAGGAGCUGGCCGCCAAGGCAAAGGCGGGCAAGCUGAAGCCGGCUGAGUUUACAGGUGGCACCUUCUCAGUGAGUAACCUGGGUAUGUACGGCAUCGACGAGUUUGCCGCCAUCAUCAAUCCUCCCCAGUCCGCGAUCUUGGCGGUGGGAGCUACAAAGAACAAAGUGGUGGCGCAAGCGGGCGGCGGCUUUGGUGAGUCAGCGGUAAUGAGCGUCACCAUGAGCUGCGACCACCGGGUAGUGGAUGGCGCCCUUGGGGCUCAGUGGCUGCAGGCCUUCCGUGGCUACAUUGAGGACCCAGCCACCAUGCUGCUCUAAGUCUGCCCUGCAGCAUUUGCAGCGCUUUUUCCAGGCUGACUCGUGAGCGAAUGGUUGCAAAUUAUUCAGACAUCAGUCUUGCGCUAGACAGUCUGCCAGAACGACGCCCGCUGUCAAGAUUCAUAGACCCAUGUCCUGUGAGUGAAGGAAUAUCUGAAGCAUGGUUGACUUGCAGUGAAGUGCAAUAUAUUGAUAGUAGGCACAAGCUUGAGGGCGUUUAAAAGGGUUACCUUAUAUACGAUAUUGAGUUGGAAGUCAAACGCAGAAAAUGAUGUGUUUUGUCUGUGCCAAAGUCCAAAGUUAUGUAAAACAAUCUUCUGGUAUC